AUGUCACUUGAAGGAACACGAAAGCGAAAGAGAACAAAUCUGUUCGUGAACGACAUCAAACCUCUGCUCUAUGCGUUCGGAGAUGUCAAUGAUCCAUACCCCGAGACGGUUGCUGCUCUGGAAGAUAUCCUCACAGACUACAUUGUGGACACGUGUCAUGAGGCAGCGAAGAUGGCAGAGAUUGCUGGCCGGCAGAAGAUCAAGGUGGAUGACUUCAAGUUCCUGCUGAGAAAUGAUCCUCGAAAGCUGGGCCGAGCAGAAGAGCUGCUGGUGCUGCAAAAGGAGUUUGUGGAGGCACGAAAGGCGUUCGAUUCGACCGAGGGCAAGCAGCUGAGUAAAACAUACAACCAGGAGAAGGAAAAAGAAAAGAAGAAGAAGGAAAAGGAGGAGAAGAAGGAAAAGAAGCGCAAGGAAAAGGAGGAGAAGAAGAAGAUCAAGGAGGAGGAAAAGUAG